UCUGAUAUUAGGGACUAGGUAACGUGUGUUGCAACACCAGGUGGACUGGUGGGAUUCCAGCUAAUACAAUUAUUGCCACACUCUAGCAGCUUUCAUGUAGAUACGGAGAGUGUGUAUAGAUCCACUGUAGACUCUGAGUAGUUCUGUGCUCUCUAGCUACCAAUGCUCGAGUCUUCGACUAUCUAAUUGACUUAGGCGUAGUCGUGGUCGGUAGGUUGCAUUAGUGAGGUAUCUGUCUGCUUAUUGUGGCUCUAUUGCGCCUUAUUAUUCGCAUUGUGACGCUUUGUGUUGGGCUACAUAGUUGACACGAGCAUCUCAUCCUCAACCGUGCCUACGCAGUGAACGUGGCGAGGGUCCCAUUUCUAAAAAAUUAUUCUAGUUGGUGUAUCUCUUGGUAUAGAAUUUUGUUGGUAUGAGAAACCACUUCUGUUGCGUUAGUGUUGCUUUGCAUAGGCAGAGAAGACAGCAAAGUGAGGGCAACGCGUGCCUCUAAUUAUCUAGACUGAGGUUGUAGGCGGUAUGCGCGAAACGGUUAUCUUGUGCAAUCAACUGCAACCGUGCCAUUCUACACAAACGUCGACCCAUCGAAGCGGUCCCGUUCCCCACAACUACCGGAUUAUUGCUAAGAAUCGAGGAUGUCAGUGAUAUCGCCUAGUGGCAGCAGACCGUUCUCGACCAGUCAGAUGGCUUUGGAUUUCAAGAGUCAAAGGAUGACGGAGAUGGCAAGCAUUCUGAAGGAGCAUCAAGAGAAGCGCGCGAGAGAGUUCAAAAUGGAAAAGAAACGACACGAAUUCAACUGUUUCUUUGCUCUGACUGGCACUCCGGCACCCAGACAGGAUCCGGGUGAGUGGCAACGCUACUGGACGAGUCAAAGAAUCGAAGAGUGGAGCAAGUCGAGUGAAGACGCGUGUCGCAAGGACCUCAGCAGCGACUCGGGCAUCUCUCUUUCCAACGAAUUCGAAGGCGUCGAAAAUGAUGUCAGAGGUGAAGAACAAUGCAAAAACCAGACGGCUCGUUUCCCGCCCGUUGUGUCAAAACCCUAUAAUCGCCCCGUCCUAUGCACAUACCAACCGAGACGUUCCGUAUCCGCCACUGCGACUCGCAGAGCGACGCAAAGUGAAGUCGUUCGCCUCAAUCUUGUGGAGAAAUCCGACUGGUGCAUUGCUAGCAGUCACUCGCUCACGGACGGUCACAGCAAAUUGAGAUGCGACGCCGGGAAGCUCUCGUCGCAUUCGAGGAGGAUAGUUUCUGAGCGGCUAGCGUCUUGUCGAGAAUCAAUAUCCAAAUGGAGUUGACUCAUACACUGUGUAUCGAGCGUCGCUCUUUCUAGAUAAACUGUAAACUAGAGAAAUACAUACAGAUACUCGCUCUUGACAGAGCAAGACUUUUCUAUCAGCUAUAAAUCGUUGUACGCCAUUUGAAUUUCUAUACGCAUUUUCUAUUGCUCGCAACUCACGUUUUCAUACGUAAUGCGUUCGUUAGUGUCUACUAGACAAGAGCAAUACAAUCAGCUUUACUAGAA